AAGAAAUUUACCUUUCAAAAAAUACGUUUUCUCUUUUUUAUACUUCCUUUAAAAUUUCGCACCCUAAAGUUGUCAGAGUAAAAGUAAACUUUUUCAAACAAUUGUGUUAUUCAUUAUUUAUUCAAGAAUUAAUAGUACAUGGUCUCUCAUGAAAAGAAUCCAACCUCCCUUUAUUAAUUUCAACAAUCUCAUAAACUGUUGUUCAUGCAUAUCACAACUGCAACAAGUCCAUGCUCUCAUUUUCACUAAUGGGUCCCACAAAAGCCUCCCCGUAUCAACCAAACUCAUCAACAAGUCUGUUUCUUUAUCAAUGGAUUAUGCCCGCAAGGUGUUCGACAUAAUGUCUCACAGAGACCUUUUCCUCUACAACACCUUGAUUCGAAGUUAUUCCGAUGUGGGCCCUUUUCAAGAAGCUUUAUUUACUUACAGAAAUAUGUUUAGGACCGGUUUGUUACCUGAUUGUUAUACGUUUAUUUACGUGAUCAAGUCGUGUUCUCUGCUGUCUGCUUUGUGGGAAGGAAAACAAGUCCAUUGUAAUGUGAUUAAGAUUGGGUUCCAUGUCGAUGUUUACAUUCAGAGCUCUCUGGUUACAAUGUAUGCUCAAAAUGGGGAUGCUUUGUAUUCGGAACAAGCUUUUGGUGAUAUCGCUGUAAGAAAUGUGGUUACUUGGACUUCUAUGAUUGCAGCUUAUGUGCAAAAUGGGUUUUUGGUCAAGGGGUUGAUGGCUUUUGUUGAGAUGUUGAGUUCUGGGACUAAACCGAACGUUGUGACGCUUGUGAGUGUCCUUCCAGCGUGUGUUGGUGUAGAGUUUUCGAAUGUGGGAAUGUUGAUUCAUGGGCUGGGAGUUAAGCUUGGAGUUGACUCGUAUGUAUCUCUUACAAAUAGUUUGAUUGGGUUAUACGGGAAGUGUGGUAGAGUGGAGAUAGCUAGAGCUUUGUUUGAUCAGAUGGAAGUUCGAACGCUGGUUUCAUGGAAUGCGAUGAUUGCUUCAUAUGAACAAAAUAAUGCCUGUGAAGAUGCUAUUCAACUUUUUCAAAAGAUGCAAGGAGAAAACAUAGAUGUUGACAAAAUUACAAUGGUUAGUGUUAUUUCGGCAUGUGCUGGUUUAGGAGCACUGGAUGCUGGUAAAUGGGUGCAUGAUUUAGUGAAAAGAACGGGUUUGGAGUCAGAUGUUGCCGUUACAAAUGCCCUUAUAGAUAUGUACGCAAAGUGUGGUAGUAUAGAUUCGGCAACUAACAUCUUCAAUAGUUUGCUCAACAGAAGUGUAGUCUCCUGGACAUCAAUUAUUGGGGCUUAUGCAUCUCAUGGACGGGGGAAAGAAGCCAUCAUGCUAUUCGCAAAGAUGAGAGAGGAAGGAAUUAGGCCAAAUAGCCUUACAUUUAUUGCUGUGCUGACAGCUUGCAGGCAUUCAGGGCUUUUAGAAGAGGGUAGACGGCAUUUCCACAGCAUGUCAGAGGAGUAUUUGAUAACUCCAGGUUUGGAGCAUUGUAAUUCUAUGGUUGAUCUUCUUGGUCGUCACGGUACACUGAUGGAGGCUUACGAAUUUAUUGAGAAUAUGCCAAUUGAGCCAGAUGUAGAUGUCUGGGGAGCUUUGCUAAAUGCCUGCAGAAUCCACGGAAACCUUGAACUCGCAGAAUGUGUGGCUCACAAGAUUUUCCAGUUCACCCCUCGAAAUGAUGGUUUUUAUGUCACUCUUAAAACUUUAUAUGCCGAAGCUGGUAGAUGGGAGGAGGUGACAAGAUUUAAGAAAAUAUUGGAUGAAAUGGAGGUGAAUAGAAUCCCUGGGCAGAGUUCAGCUAGGUAAACGGAAUGUUUUCAUUCGUUUUUUGCUGGUUCAAGGUCCCAUUCUUCACAUGGUAUCGAUGAAUACCAUACGUCACUAAAGUGAUUUUACAUGAAAU